AUGGGUCCACGUGGCAUGAGCCGAUUGGUGGGAAUGCGAGUGACUGAGGGGAGUGUGCUGGCUGCUUUCCCUCCCUCUCGCGCCGCACUUAUAGCGUCCUUUCAACAGCCUGUGAAAGGGGGGGUGAAGGGGAGGAAGGAGAAGAAGCAGCGGAGGAGAGAGCAGAGUCAGGCAGUGCAGAGACGUGAUGAGUUGGGGAAGGAACAGGUGCAGAGAAGGCAGGGGAAGGGAGAGCAGGAGCAGCAGGAUGAGCAGGAACAACAGGAGCAAGAGGAGCAGCAGGAAAAACAGCAGCAGCAGCAGCAGCAGCAGCAGCAGCAGCAGCGGCAGCAGCAGCAGCAGCAGAAGCAAGAGCAGCAGCAGGAGUUCCAGCAGCAGCAGGAGCAGCAGCAGCAGCUGUCCAGAUUCAUUGAAUGUGCAGCGGAGAGUGCAAUGUGCUGCAGUUGCCAAGUGGAAUCAGAAGCGGUGAGCCAUGCGGUUCAACUCAACAGGAGUAGGGUGUGUGGAGGUGCAUGCAGUGGGGCAUGCAAGAAGAAGCAGGAGAAGAAGCAGAAGGAGCAGAAGGAGCUGGAGAACGUUUUGAGUCGACUCAAAAGUCAGAAGGAGCAGUUGGAGCUGGAGAACGGGGAAAUGGUUCUCAUGGGGCCCAUCUAG